ACGACGCAGUUUCGUCGGUGUCGGCACUGACAACGCUUUGUGUCGUCGACAUGAAGGUGCAGCAUCCGGCGUUGACCUUCGUUGUCGUCCUCCUGUUGUGCUUGCAAACCUCUGCGCUUGCUCUUGAUGAUGUUGGCAAUGUCGUCCAAGUACCCCAGGUGACAUCAGAAGCCUUGGCCGAAACAACCGAGGACACGUCCCUGCAGGUGGCAGCUGAGGCAGAAGAAACACAAUCGUUGAGCAUCGGUUCUGGGGUCAUAUUCGUGGCUGGCGUAGCCAUGCUCGGCAUCAUCGGCUACGUCGUAUACCGUCAACACCGUCGAAAUGUGGCCAAAGAACACGACAACCAGCUCAUGCAGUCGCUCCUCGACAGCGAAAUGGACUACGCAGCCAUGUAGAUUAAGGCCACCCCAGUGUAUAUUAUAAUUGCAAAACACCCUAAAGGACUUUCAUUUAUUAUCGUUUGUGUUUGGGGCUUUGACAGAGCAGCAGUGUGUCAUCUUCGUUCUGGCAGUCGUCGUCGCGUUGGUUGCCUGGCGAUUGAAUCGUCACAAACGUGCUCUUGGCCGGGCCCUUGUCAAUCGAAGUGUGCUUUGGCUGACCAUUCUUGGCCAGCGUCUGGGCCAUGAUGAGCCCAAACACGACGCCCAAGAGCAGCCCCACAAACACAAACAGCACGAGCGCUUUGAAACUCACUUGGGUGUCCACGUCCUCGUCAUUGCCGACGUCGAACGAUUCGGAUUGGACAGGUUUUACCGCCACUGCACAGAUAAUUAUUUAGUCGACACAUAUACAUACAUGUAUGUGUGUAUCCACACUACUACCUUUCAACGACGCCGCGCAGAUGGCUUUGUCUGUCGCGAACGCAGUCAUGUUCGUGAACACGUCCAGGGGGCACAACUUGUCGU